AUGCACACAUGGCAGGGGCAACCCGCUAUUUCUUGGUGUGCGCUACUGUGCUUUCGCUUGUACAUGAUGACUACUUUGGCAGGAUUAAAAAGUCACGAUUCUAUUCUUUCAAAGUUGGAUACCUUUAAACGCAAGAAAAAAGCUCGCUUAGAAGUUGAAGAACUUACUAAAGAAAGUCGUCAAGCUAUUGAAUUGGCUGUCAAUGCCUUGGCAACCGAUGAUCCCAAACAGUAUCAAUUAGAAGAAGGACAAGAGCGUUCAUUUAUUGAAAAAUCUUCUCAAAAUUCUGAAAGUGUUAAAAACUUGUUGGAAAAAUUAAUAACAUGGAUUAACAAUGAAUUAUCAGAGCAUCGUAUUCUUGUAAGAGAUAUUCAAGAAGAUCUAUACGAUGGUCAACUUCUACAAAAAUUAGUUGAAAAAUUAGCUAAAAUCAAGUUAGAUCAUCCUGAAUUGACACAGUCUGAAAUUGGACAACUUCAACGAUUACGUGGUGUUUUACAAACUGUCAAUGAAAUACUUCAUGUAUCAGAAAAUUGGGCUAGUCAACGGUGGACUGCAGAACGUAUACAUCAGAAAGAUUUAGUUGCUAUUUUACGCCUAUUAGUUGCUAUCGCUCAUCAAUUUCAACCACAAAUGCGUUUCCAAUCGGGAAUUUUUCUUACCGUUAUAAUAGCUCGAAAAUUAAAUGGCAAAUUAGAGUAUCGUUAUGAAAGAGAAUAUAUCACCGAAUUCACAGAAGCAUUACCCGCUGGUAAUCCACUGGAUGUUAUCUCCGAACAUCAUAUGGUUUUACAAGCUGUGCUUGCCUUUGUCAAUGCCUAUUUGGAACAAGUUAGCUUCCAUGUAAAUGAUCUAUCUAAAGAUUUUAAAGAUGGUGUACUACUCAUCUUAUUAAUGGGUCUUAUUGAAGGUUAUUUUGUACCAUUUUAUGCAUAUUAUCCAACACCGACAACAGAAGAAAUGUGUUUAUCAAAUGUUCGAUUAGCUUUUGAAUUAAUUCAAGCUGCUGGAAUGAUUGAACCACCUGCAAAACCUGAAGAAAUUGUUAUUGGUGACAAUAGUGCUAUUCUACGUGUUCUUUAUGGUAUUUAUUCAUAUUGUGCACAUAUGGAAGAUGAUGAACAACAUCAAUAUGAAAUAAGUAAUAUUCGAGAACAAGAUGAAGUUGAUGAAAAUAAUAAUAAUAACAAUAUGAUGGUUACUGGAGAUGGUGAUGAAGGUCCGAUUGAGACAACAAAUUUCCUUUAA